AUGGAAGCUCUGAUUCAGAGACGAAAACCCAUUAGAGCAUCUUUUACGAGAAUAUGUAACGGAAUUAAACUUGAAAUAGAAAAAGAAAACCCAGACGAAGAAUUUAUAAGAUCAAAAUUGACAACUUUAGAACGUUUAUCGGACGAACUUCGCUCUUAUGAUAUUCAAAUUUUAGAUUCAGAAUAUUCUUCUGAAGAGCAGUUUAACAGUGAAUGGGAAAGCGUCGAAGAAUACAAGGAAAAAUUAGAUUUGAUUAAAGUUAAAGUUGAAAUGUUCUUUUCCCGCCAAAUUGCGCAAUCCGUCGCCAGUGUGUCUCCAAACUUAAACAAACGAAAACUCAAGCUGCCUGAAAUAGUAUUAAAACAAUUCGGUGGGGACAUUAAAGAUUGGUUGCCAUUUUGGGGACAAUUCCAACGAAUUCACGAUGAUAAAGAAAUUCAAAAUGAAGACAAAUUCCACUAUUUAAUCCAAGCUACUAUACCUGGUACUAGACCACGUGAGAUUGUCAAUAGCUUCCCGGCAACCGCGGAAAAUUAUCUCAAAGUCAUAGAAAGCCUAAAAAAUAGAUUCGGACGGGAAGAACUUUUAGUGGAAUUUUAUAUACGAGAAUUGUUAAGUCUAAUUAUUAAAAAUGUAACUGAGCAAAGAAAAAGGUGCAGUGUGUCCGAGCUGUACGACAAAUUAGAAUCCUAUUUGCGUUCGUUGGAAUCAAUUGGAAUGACAAGCGACAAAUACUCUGCCAUGUUAUUUCCACUCGUUGAAUCGUGUAUUCCUGAGGAGUUAUUAAGAGUUUGGCUGAGAAAUCAUGCAUCAAUAAUCACAGAAGAAAAUACUUAUUCCGAAAAAUUAAAACAAUUAUUGUUAUUUUUGAGAAAUGAAGUUGAGGGAGAGCAGAGAAUUUCUCUGGCAAAAGCUGGGUUUAAAUUUGAUUUUGGUGCACGAAACGAAGUUAGAAAGGAUAAAAGGUUCCAAAAUGAAGAUUCCGUGCCUACUGCGAAUGAAUUAUUCUCGGGCCAUAAGAAAACUUUUAACCUUGGGGAAAAGAACUCUUGCAUUUUUUGUGAGAAACAGCAUGAAAGCCAAAAUUGUUUUGUGGCUCAAAAAAUGACUUUAACUCAAAGGAAUGAUGAAAUUAAGAAGAGGAAUGAAUGUUUCAUCUGCCUAAAAAUUGGACAUAGGGCCAAGCAAUGUAGGUCAACUGUUCGAUGCUUGAUAUGCUUAAGAAGACAUUGGGCUGUAAUGUGUCCUGACUUACAAACAUGUAAAAAGAAAGAUGAUGAUAGAAUUAAGGAGGAGGAUGCACAAAAGGUAUCUUUAGCAAGUACCAGUUUUAAUUAUCCAGAUGAAGUGUAUCUUCAAACUUUAUUAGUGAAUAUCGAAUCUAAUAAAAGGCAGAAAACGGUAAGGGCACUUAUUGACACUGGAUCACAGCGUUCAUACAUAUUAAAAGGAACGGCUGAAGAAAUUGGGUGCCAUUCAAAUGGAACAGAAACUUUGAUUCAUGCUCUUUUUGGAGGAGCCACAACAAAGAGAGAAACCCACAAACGUUAUGAAGUGUCUCUUAGUAGCCUAUAUGGCAAUUAUUCUAGAAGAUUAAACCUUUUGGAACAAUUAAAGAUUUGUGGACCAGUGACCAGUUUGCAGCCUGGACCAUGGAUAGAAGAAAUGAAACAAAAAGGUAUCACUGUCUCUGAUGUUGGAAGAAAAGAUUUGAAAAUAGAAAUCCUUGUUGGAGCAGACGUCGCAGGUGCAUUGUUAACGGGAAAAGUUCACAAAUUAGAAAACGGAUUGGUUGCUGUUGAAUCUUUGCUCGGAUGGACAGUUAUGGGUAGAAUAAAUUAUUACACUUCAGAAAGUAAUGUGUCUAUGUCCUCCCUGAUAACGUCCAUGUUGGUUCACAGUAGCGACAUAGAAAACUUGUGGAAACUAGAGGCAUUGGGAAUUACAGAUUCCAAAGAAAAUAGAAGUGAUAUCGAAUUACAAGAAGCAGUAUGGGAUCAUUUUCACAAGACCCUAAAAAGAUCAGAGGAUAGAUAUGAAAUCUCUUUACCUUGUAUCAAUGAGAAAGACAAAUUACCCAGUAACAGAGAAGUAGCGAAAAAAAGACUAAUUUCCACGACAAAGAAACUCAUGUUGAAAGAUAAAACAGAAGCUUACAAUGCAGUGUUCGAAGAAUGGGUUAAAUCUGGAAUAAUCGAAGAAGUACCAGAAGAGGAGAAAAGUGUGCACAGCCAUUACCUUCCACACAGGCCGAUAUUCAAAGAGAACUCUACAACAUCCAUAAGACCAGUUUUUGACGCUUCGUGUGCAGUGAUUAAUUCUCAUUUGUAUCAGUGUGAUAUUUCUCUAAAAGAAACAGCUUCAAAAUUGAAAUCUUCAUUUUAUGUUGAUAACUGUGUCACCUCAGUCAAUUCGAAUGAAGAAGCAGAAGAUUUUAUUACAAAGUCAACUCGAUUGAUGGCAAGUGGUAACUUCGACUUGAGAGGGUGGGAGCAGACAGAGAAGAGCAAUGUGAAAUCGACAAUAAGUGAACCACUAAAAGUUCUUGGUCUUAUGUGGGAUAAGUUUGAAGAUUCACUGUUUUGUGACAUACCUAAUAUCGACUUAGAUGACAUCAUAGUGACAAGACGAAACGUGUUAUCAAUUGCACAGAGAAUCUUCGACCCAAUCGGUUUUAGCUGCCCUUUCACGCUUCGACCAAAGAUAUACUUGCAAAAUAGUUGGGAAACUAAAUUAAGCUGGGAUGCAGAGCUGCCUGAGGAAAUCAAAAGAAAAUUCUUGAAAUGGGUUAAGGAAUUGCCCUUGUUAGCAUCAGUAAAGAUUCCCAGGCAAGUUACUCAGACCGAUGGACAGUCUUUUAGCCUCCACACAUUUUGCGAUGCUUCACAGGGGUCUUAUGCGAGUGUAGUAUUUUUAAGAAGCCAAAAAUCAGAUGAAGUCAAAGUGACAUUAUUGCAAGCUAAAGCCAGAGUAGCGCCGUUGAAGAAAACAACUAUACCAAGACUUGAAUUGCUUGCUUGUCUUAUUGGAGCGAGAUUGGCUUCAUUCAUUAAGAAGAACCUCAAGAUUGUAAUUUCAAAAGAGUAUUACUGGACCGACUCUUCGACAGCACUCUUCUGGAUAAAGAAUGUAGAAGCUUGGGGAACGUUUGUGAAUAAUAGAGUUUCAGAAAUUAGGAACCUGACAGACUUUAGAAAUUGGCACCAUAUACCUGGUAUAGAAAAUCCUGCCGACAUGCCAUCAAGAGGAUGCUCAAUGAAGAAACUUAUUGAAUCCAGAUGGUGGGAGGGACCUCAUUGGCUGGCAUUGUCGGAAGAAGAAUGGCCUCAUUCUGCGCCAAUCGAUGACAAAUUGGAGGCUAACAAAGAAAAACGUAGAGAAGUAAUGACGUCAUUAAACCAUGUUGAUGAUUUUUCUUCACGAGUCUUCAACUACUUUUCAAAAUACACGAAAAUACUAAGAAUGAUGGGUUGGAUACACAGAUUUAUAGGAAAUUGCCAGAAGACAAAAGUAGAAAGAGAAGACGGCGAGUUAAAGGUCAAUGAGCUAAAAAUGGCAGAGAAAUCUAUCGUAAAGAUUAUUCAACAUGAUUCAUUUUCUUCAGAAGACAUAAAGAAGUUGAAGUCACUUAGUGUGUUCAAAGAUAAGGAAGACAUUUUACGUGUUAAGACCAGAUUAACUGAAAGAAAGGACCAUCACAAUUUUAUUUUCCCCAUGUUGCUUCCGAAGAAGCAUGCAGUUGUGGAGAAGUUGAUACUUCAUAAACAUCUAUCUUUGUCUCAUGCUGGGAUACAUAUAUUAAUCUCCAAACUUCGAGAAAACUUUUGGAUUAUCAAAAGCAGAUCAACUAUCCGAGGAGCUUUAUAUCGAUGUGUUAGAUGCAGAAGGCAUGAAUCUAAAGGACUGCAGACGGUGCCAACUACUCUGCCCGAAAAUAGAGUUAGAGAUGCUAAGAUUUUCGAAAUUGUGGGAGUAGAUUUAGCCGGCCCACUAGUUUUGAAGAACAAGAGUAAAGCCUGGAUCAUACUUUUCACCUGUGCUGUUUUCAGAGCGGUUCAUUUGGAACUGAUUUUGACCCUCUCUACUCAGGGAUUUUUACUUGGAUUUAGAAGAUUUAUUGCGCGUAGAGGGCGGCCAUCGAUAAUUUACAGCGACAAUGGUAGUAAUUUUGGCGGAUCCAACAAUCUCUUUGAGCCAAUUGAUUGGAAUAUUGUUGGAAGGGAAGCUGCCAUACUUAAGAUAGACUGGAAGUUUAGUCCACCAGCAACACCAUGGUGGGGCGGUUUUUGGGAACGACUUGUGCAAAUGAUUAAGAAACUUUUACGUCGUACCUUGGGCCAAGCGUCUUUAAACUACGAAGAGUUAAUGAGUGUAUUGUGCGACUGCGAAUCAACUGUGAAUUCCAGACCCCUUACAUAUGUGACAGAGGACUCGGACGAUCUCAUUCCUUUGACACCGUCCUUGUUUUUAGGUGAAAUUCCAGAGUUUGGUGUACCUGAUUUGGAUCACCUAGAUCAAAUUGAUUUCAACAAGAGACUUAGACAUCUUCAAAAUGUGCGAGAACUUCUGAGAAGAAGAUUUAGGUUGGAAUAUCUCAGCUUAUUGGUUCAACGUCCAUCAACAAUGUUAAUUUCUAGACAGAUAAAAAUUGGGGAUAUAGUUCUCGUCGAGUGUGACAGCAAGCGCAAAGUGCUGUGGCCUCUAGCCAAAGUGACUAAGAUAUAUCCAGGAAAAGACGGCAAUGUUCGUGUUGUUCGAGUCAAAACCGCUUCCGGAGAAUUAGUUCGACCAAUAAAGAAAAUAUUCCCCCUCGAAAUACCUUCAUCUAUGGAAAGCCAUUAUACUGAUGCAAAGAAAGGCAUCAAAGAAGUUGUGCCAUCCUUUUCCAAUGGGCAUGAUUUCUCAUUUAUAGCUCUGAGUGAAGAUCUCUCUGCACGUUAUGCAGAGCAAACAUUCAUCACUGAAGUGAUACUCGAUUACGAAUUGCCUGGAAAGAAAACUGAUCAAUGUUUCAGCGAGGGAAUCGCGUGUCCGGUUUCUAACGACAGAAGUGCACGCGAGCGUCUAUUUUUGUUGGCUGUUCUCUCAUCAUCCUGCUCGCCAACCGAUCGAUUCGUUUUUCCAUUUAAUUCAAAUUAUUCUGUCUAG